CCCUCCUCCCCCGGCAACCGGCGCCGGUAAUAUAACCCAGACCCCAGUCUGUAUACCGACCGGAGGAUGAUCCGCACUGAUUGGACACUCAGCACCCCAAAUCUCACCCUGAUGACAGCAGACGGAGCUAGUAACCGAUGGGUCCGAUCACAACGGGCCUCAGUGACGUCCAGCUGCUUCUCCUCACCUCCUCCCUUCCCCCCCCCCCCCAUAUAUUCCAUCUGCCUACUAUGUCCCGUAGGGCUUAUCAUUUGCCCCCCACUGUAUACACGUGGCCUAUCACCAGUCCCUGCCAUGGCGUGUGCCGGUUACACUCCUCACCAUGUAUCCAUUACUCAUAGUGUCACCUCUCUUACUGACUAGACUCUUAAGCGUAUGCUCUAUGACACUGUAUGUGUGUUUAUACAUACAUACACCCACCACCUACUGUAGCAGUCAUCUGUGUCCACAUCCUGGGCAGCCCUUGCACCGACACUGCUUCAUACCAGGAUGCAUAAUGGACCCCUCCAGGCACCCAUUUAGGGGCUCUCCCUUUCGCAUGCCUUUUGGAGUGAAUCCUCCAUCCCAAGAGGUAAAGGAAGAAGGAGCGUUUGGGAGAGCGAUUCCACGAUCACGAGGUCGUGCGCUGGCGGAAGCAGCUGCUACGCUCUCUGCUGACCCUACACUUCAGAAAUCUCAAGACCCCAGUAAUGGGAUGCCUUCCCUGUUCCGUGGGUUGAGCCUUGAAACACAUGCGUAUAUGAGCCCUGGACGAGGACAGGCAGUUUUUGGCAGGGGACUCCACAGUGCUUCUGGCCAAGGGGACAGCUUUGCUCCCCAGUUUCCUGGUUCUCUUCUCCGUCCCACCUUCAGGCCCCCCGAGACUAUGGCAUUAGGGGAUGCUGGUGCAGGGAUGAUGUCACUCGGAAGAGCCAGAUUACCAAUGAGCGCUCCAGCUGCUGAACAGGUACCCCAAACCAUUCCUGGUAGGGGCCUAGGAAAGGAACAAUUGUCUCCAGUCCCUAGCUUAGGGAGGGAACAAGCAUCUCCAGUCCCAAGCUCUGCACCUCCUAAAAGAAUUACUGCACCUACUGAAUCAGUUGUGACUAAAGAGGAAAAGAGUCCUAAUGUGGAGUGUCGCAGCAUGCGAUUUGGCAUGAUGAAAGAGCACCGCCCGGUGACGGGAAAUGUUACAGCAUUUGAUGGCUCCAUACUAUACCUACCUAUCAAGCUUGCUCAGACUGUGGAACUAGAGAGUGAGCGCAAAACAGAUGGACAGAAAAUACGCAUCACCAUAAAUAUGACAAAGAUCCUGGAACCAAGCUCAGACCUCUGCAUUCCGUUCUACAAUGUGGUAAUGAGGAGAGUCAUGAAAAUUCUGGACAUGAAACUGGUUGGAAGAAAUUUCUAUGAUCCUACAAGUGCCACAGUGCUGCAGAAAUACAGUCUGCAGGUGUGGCCAGGAUUUGCAGCCAGUAUUCGCAGGACUGAUGGGGGGUUAUUUCUCAUAGCAGAUAUCACCCAUAAAAUUAUCCGCAAUGAUUCUGUGUUGGACAUCAUGCAUAUUUUGUACCAACAAAACCGUGAGAACUUCCAAGAUGAAGUUAUGAAGCAGCUGGUUGGAAGCGUUGUGAUUACCAGAUACAAUAACCGUACAUACCGCAUUGAUGACAUUGAGUGGAACAAAUCCCCAAAAGAUGUUUUUACCUUGUCAGAUGGCACAAAUACUACUUUCCUGGAAUACUACAGUAAGAACUAUGGCAUCACAAUAAAAGAAGUGGAUCAGCCGCUGUUGCUUCACAGGCCAAAGGAGAGAAAAGAUGCUAGGACUAAGAUGCCAGGAUUGGUUCUCCUACUUCCAGAACUUUCUUUCAUGACUGGUAUCCCUGAGAAAAUGAAACAAGAUUUUAAAGCAAUGAAGGAUGUGACCCAACAGAUCCAUUUGAGCCCCAAGCAGCAUUACAUCUCCCUUGGAAAGCUGAUUAAAAGAAUUGAGAGCAGCGAGGAUGCAGUAAGCGAGCUACAAAGAUGGGGACUUCAGAUAGACUCUAAUAUACAUAUGACAUCUGGAAGAAUUCUACCAAGGGAGAAAAUUAACUUGCGUAAUAACUCCUUCCCACUUGGAGAUGACCUCAACUGGACAAGGGAAGUGACCCGUGAAUCAUGUAUUUCUGCUGUUCAUCUGCGGUAUUGGGUAAUAAUGUACCCUAAGCGUGCUGUUACUCAAGUCCGGGAUCUCUGCGGCACGAUUGAAAAGAUUGCGGGUCCUAUUGGCAUGCGUGUAACGCAGCCUAAUUCCAUUGAGCUCAGAGAUGACCGCGUAGAGACGUACGCACGGAGCAUCAAGUCACUGCUGGAGGGUGAGGCGAAGGUGCAGCUGCUUGUGUGCAUUAUAUCUGGGACCAGAGAUGACCUUUAUGGGGCCAUAAAAAAGUUGUGCUGUGUCCAGACCCCUGUUCCAUCUCAGGUGGUGAACUCAAGAACAAUUUCAAAUCCACAGAAGCUGAGGAGUAUUGCACAAAAAAUCUUGCUACAGAUAAACUGCAAGCUCGGGGGAGAGUUGUGGGGAGUGGACAUUCCACUGAAAAAUGUCAUGGUAAUCGGCGUGGAUGUUUAUCAUGACCCCAGCCGAGGCUUGCGUUCAGUUACAGGCUUUGUCGCGAGCACCAACCAUUGUGUGACCCGUUGGUACUCUCGUGUGGUCUUCCAGCUUCCUCAUCAGGAGAUCAUGGAUGGGCUAAAGCUCUGCCUAGUGGCAGCCCUGCAGAAGUUCUAUGAGUUGAAUCAUGUCCUUCCUGAGAAGAUUGUGGUGUAUCGGGAUGGGGUGUCAGACGGACAGCUUAGUGCCGUGGUGGAUUACGAGAUCCCACAACUGCAGACCUGUUUUAGUACAUUUGAGAAUUAUUCACCCCGCAUGGUGGUGAUCGUGGUGCAGAAGAGGAUCAGCACCAAUAUGUACUGCUCUAGUUCUGGAGAAUUUGUCACUCCUACACCAGGGACUAUCCUGGAUCACACAGUCACCAGCCGUGAAUGGGUGGAUUUCUACCUGCUCUCCCACCAUGCAAGGCAAGGUUGUGGCAUUCCCACACACUACAUAUGUGUGAUGAACACCGCUAACCUCAGUCCUGACCAUUUACAGAGGUUGACUUUCAAAUUGUGCCACAUGUACUGGAAUUGGCCUGGUACUAUCCGAGUGCCAGCUCCUUGCAAGUAUGCCCACAAGUUGGCGUUCCUGUCUGGCCAGUUCCUCCACCAUGAGCCUUCUCUUCAGUUGUGCGACAAGCUGUUCUUUCUUUGAAUGAGAGUGGUUCCAUCUCCCCCACCACUAAGCAUUACGUGUUCUCCUUUAGUUUUUAUCGUUCUGCCCAUGAGAUCAUGCUCAUGAUUUCUCCCCCGAGUCUGAAGAUCUAGAGUAAAAACAGUAAAUAGAUUUUAUUUUAUGGUGUUUUCUCUGUUUUGUUUUCUGUUAUUGAGAAAAUAUGCCUAUACAGUUCCUGGACGGUUUCUAACUUCUGAACUCCUAAAGAUUAAAAGCUAACAGGAAUUCUGUGUGAUGGUUUAUAUUGUGAGACCUAUUGAUGCUUUUCAUUUUCUAUUGGGUUCUUUUGUGUAGCACAGUGAUAACGCUUUAUGAUUUGUCAUGUUUCUGGAAGCCAAAGAAAGGGAUGUACAGAUUCCCCCUCCCAUUGUUUGGCAGUGACUGGGUUCCCUUUUGUUGGAAUUGCUUGUGUGACAGCCGUCAUGCCCAGGUGCUGUGUUUAUACAUGUUGCAGCUGUAUUGUGUAAUCCUUCACCAAAUACUGUAAAAUGUCAUUUGGGUCUGCUUUGUGAGGUCUUACUGACCCUGGUGACUUGAUUUCAUUGGAUCUCAGCAGAAUUACUCAGAAUUGACACUGUAAUGCAGAAAAGCUAUCAAUCAUAGCUUAAUCCUUUGAGAAGGGGACGAGAAUGUCUGCGUGGCUAGGGUUGUAGUGGGGGAUUCAGUUCAGUGCGAUGGAUGCGAUUCUCUGUUCCAGAACAGCAUAUUAUUUCUGUAUUGCAAAUCUUGCCUCCCACCCCUUAGAGUUGCAUAGGAAAACAUGUAAUGUAGGGGCUAGCGUAACUGGGUGAUAUGUGUGCAGCCUGGUACAGCGCAUCAACUGCAAUUGAAUUCCCCUUCUUAUGCGGACCAUACAUCUACAGGCCAAUCUGCUGAUCGGUGGACAUUGAUAAUUGGCGUAUCAGCAAAAAACAGCAUGUUAAAAAUCUCCGACUUGACUAUGCCAAUAAUUUUUUGGUCCUAAUCCGUGAAUCGAGGAUUUCCAACAUAUUGGAUUUCCCCGAACCCCCAAACCCAGCCAUCAGCACAACGUGGUAAUGCCCCGACCUGCCUGAUGUAUGCGCCCCUUUGGUUUCUCCCUGUAUAAUUCAGUGGUUUGAGGUGAUUCUCUGAGUUUUGCCUUUGUGUCUAUUAUUUGUCAUACAUUUUAUUUAAUCGGGCACAUUUUCAAACCAUAAAAUAUGGAGGAAGCGCUGCUCAACCAAGUAAAUGUUUGUUUUUUAAAGUUUUAUUAUACAUAAAAAACAAACACAUGAAGUAUCAGGAGUUAUGAAGUUACCACUAUACUUGAUUUAGGCAGACACUAUGGGGGUCAUUCCGAGUUGAUCGUAGCUGUGCUAAAUUUUGCACAGCUACGAUCAUCUUCCCUGACAUGCGGGGGGACGCCCAGCACAGGGCUAGUCCGCCCCGCAUGUCAGUGCCGCCGCCCCCCAUCCCCCGCACAAAUACAAAAGCAUCGCACAGCGGCAAUGCUUUUGUUUUUCAGGAGUAACUCCCGGUCAGCGCAGCUCCUGCGGCUGGCCGGGAGUUGUUUGCCGCUAGUCGCAGUGGCUAAGUGACACGUCACGCAGCCGCCGUGGGCCCCCCCCCCCCCCAACGGUCCAGCCACGCCUGCAUUGGCCGGACUGCGCCUUCAGCCCCCUCCCGACCAGCGACCGCCUCUGUCUCAAAGGCAAUUGCUAGGCAGCGACGACUGCCAAGCGGCGGCGCAUGCGCAGUUCCGACCCGAUCGCUGCGCUGCGACAAACUGCAGCGAGCGAUCGGGUCGGAAUGACCCCCUAUGUCUGGAUGUGACUAAGAUAAAUCUUUUCUAUUUCUAACACUUAUUAACACAAAUGAAUUUAGACUGAACUAUUACAACUAUAUAACAAAUUGCAUUCAAAUAAAUAAGUAACUACUACUAACCACUUAAGGACUUACCAGGCUGUAUUUUAAUGGCUUUUAAUAAUAUGUCUGGAUAAAUGUAGGCUAACCCUAGUGGCAUAUUAAUAUUUAGUGAUCACCUAAGUAUAGUGCUAUUGCAUGACUAUUCAUACUUAAUGUGUUUGUAUUUUAUGUAUAAUAACCUUAAAAAAGAAAAAAAAACUUUUAAUUGGUUGAGCAGUGCUUACGCUUUGGUUGGUCUAAUCCUCUAUAAUUUAUGAUUUUAUUGUAAUAAGUGAGGUCUGCAGUUACCUCAUAAUUGGAAGCUGUAGGAUAAGUAAUUAUUAUCAUUAGUGAUUUUCAUUGCCACCAAUUAGGCAUGCACCUCAUGUGCUUGUGUGUUGUUGACAUGUUCAAAAAGUUCAGUGUGACCCAAGUGGAACAAGGGGACGAUUCAGAGAUGGAUGCAGCCGCGCAUCUGUACCCAGUGGCCGAAUCCAUCUGGUCUGCGCAUACACAGCGGCUGCAGUGCACGACCCUGUUCCUUGUGGCCGCAGCCUUAAAGGAUGUAGCCGCAAGGUGAUUAACAGCCGCAGGUAUCGGGGGGGGCGUCACCAUGGCAUUUACUAGUCGUGGCCUGGACAGCGCAGACGUGUCUAGACUAUUUUCGGGGCAGCUUCGUGACGUGACACGCAGCCAUUCUGAGAAAAAAAAUUGCGCUGCACCGAUGUAAUUGCGGGCGGCCUUGCCCUGUGCUGCUGGGCAGCCCCCAGCAUGUGAGUAGAUGGACGCAGAUGUUGCUGCGGGAAGCAAAAUCUGCGUCAAUCUCUGAAUAACCCUCUAGGCCUGUUUCUUCAAGAUAACUUAUGGUUUAUUGUUCUUUAAAUACCACUAAAGGUUUGGCGCUAUUUUGUCACACUACAAUGCGUAUGACCAUUCUCAAGAAAAACACAAUUUGCUUUGUUUAACUCUGCACAAAACAUCUGUGCAAAAUGUAUUUGGAAUUGCUGAGAUUUUUAGUGGAAGCCUCCAGUUUACCAAUGCCUGUGAUCCUUGUGUCUGUUCAUUACCAGCCACACAAGCGAGCCUGAAGAACUAUGGUUCAGACCAAUCACUGAAUAGCAGAAUCUGACCGAGCACGCCAUUUUAGUGUCCGUGUGGCCAGAUUAGCAACAGAUUCCGCUGUUUAAAACUCAAAGCCAACAACGGUACCUGACCGUAUUUCUGCAUCUUACGUAUAAAUAAAUGGAGCGAUCAUCCCCAUAAAAAGCUACAGUCUCUUUACCUUUGUUUAAAAAAAUAAUUCUUUAAAUAAGUACAGUUUAAGGCCUUUUCCAAGAAGCACAAUAAGGGACAUUUUUUUUAAUAUAAGACUGCAAUUUACAUUUCUGAGUUCCUUUACUAGUGAGUUUAGGCUUUCAUGCAUUAAAACGUCCAGAAAUAAAAUAAGAAGCAUUCUUAAACACCAGUGGGCGUGGUAAUACUAGAAACAAUGAUUUCUAGGUCUGACCCGAAAAUAUGCAGGUGGAUAUAUGCCCUUAGGAGGAGGUACAGUAACUGACAGGAAUGAUAUAAUACAGAUACUAAAAACGACACCUUGUACAGUGGCAUAUUUUCAAUAGGUGCAGCAGCCUGUGUUUGUGUUACCAGCACUUACCUGGAUCUUGCACAGCGCAGAAAGUGGGGGGGGGAACUUGAUUGUGCAGGGUGCUACCGGUCCCUCUAUGCCUGCGCCCUGCUGAUUAGUCCAGCGGCGCAGUCACGGAGUCCGGUCCCAAUCCUACCCCCAUCAUGGCAUGGUGAGGGUAACCCCCCAAGUUGCAGCCCUGCCCUGGGCACCAAACACCCUGCACUCAUGUUCUGCAGUACUUACUUCUCUGAUACCCUGUGUCGGGAGUGCUGCACAAAUCAGUGGGAGAACAGUUGGUGGCCAUUUCCUGGUGAUUUACACAUGCGCAGUAGAAAAAUUGUGGCAUUGUGCCAGAGCAUACUCCCUUGCACUAGAGAUGAUGGGACCCAUACAGAGACUACACAUGGGCCCCCUCCUCACGUAAUACGCCCCAUACCUUAUAUGUGGGGAGUUGAAAGGUGCUGCCUCAUGCAUGUGGGCAGAGGUCAGUGCUCUCUUGGUCUGUCAGAGAAUCCAGACCCAGUUGAGUAUUAGCAUAUACAACAAUGCACAAAGUAUUCUUCCACUCUCCUGAUUAUGUACAAAUACUGGGGCCUCAUAUUAUGGCCAUAUGCCCAUUACACUAUGGGGUAUAUUCAAUUGAAGUCGAAAGCUGCCGUCUGUCGAAAAGACGUCAGUUUUCGACUUUUUUAGGUCGGAAGGGGUUCCGACCUGUUCAGUCUAACCCCAAAUUUUUCAACAAGUCAAGGAAUUCGACUUGUCGAAAAGCACGUGGAUCGGCGGAAUAGCUGCCGAUCCAAGUGCUUGUGUCAAAAACGGGUCAUUUUGGCCCCCUUUUCGACCAUCUCAAUUCGACUCAAAGUCGAAGUGAGAUGGUGAGAGCAGCGCCGGAGACGGGUAGAGCCGCAACGGGGAUUGGGAGAGCAGUUCCGGGGGAUGUCACAGCUGCCGCUCACAGCAGCAUCCAUCCGGCUCCAGCAAGCGUGACCUCGCUUGCUGGAGCCGAGUGAACGCUGCCGUGAGCUGCGGCUGUGAUGCAGAGACAGGGAGAGGAGGGAUGGUGAGAGGCAGAGUGACGGGGGUGAGAGCCACGGGCAGGAGGGGCAGAGCAGCGCUACAGCAGCGGCUAUAUUGCCGCUGCUGUAGCGCUGCUCUCCCCCGUCUGCCACGGCUCUCCGCCGUCUUCCCUCCCGCAUCUCAAUUCGACUUUUUAGAAAAUCAAAUUGAGAUGUCAUUGAAUAGCCCAUGUCGGAUCCAUUCCGACAAAUGAAUGUCUGAAUGGAUCCGACUUCAAUUGAAUAUACCCCUUUGCCUUUAUAUAGUGUAAAGCUGUAGAGUCCUUUAUACCUUCCCUAGUGUAGUUUACAAACUACUGUAGCUCUCUGAUUCCAGGCACACACAUCAUGGCCAGGUAACCCACCAAUAUGUCUUUGUACCAUAGGAGGAAAUCCACUGUAUCACAGGUAAAACAUCCAGCACAGACAGAAAUGUUAGUGGGAGGGUUUGGAGGGGAAGGGGGCAACAAACAAGAAAAGUCCAGAGUUACUGCAACAGACAGUGUAGGCAAAAAGAUUGCAGGUGAAAAUGAAUGCCAGAUCUGCUUAGUAUACUCCGGAAAGAUCCAAGUGGAAAGCUGUUUUGAAGUGCUUAGAAGUGUUGAAAUUUGCACUCGAUGUGAGCAAUAUCUGAACUUCAUAGUAUAGGCAAGAGAAUAUCUGUUUACAUUGAUAUCUAUUCUUGAAUUAGAUUUCUGUGGUGCUAAUUGUUGUUUGGUGCAACUACACAUUGGUAGGUUUUGGCAUCCUUAACUUUGCGCCUCAAAUUUAGUUUUUUUUUGUGAAGAGGCACACUUACUAUUCAUCACUUUAACAAAAGUUCCCUAAAUCAGUGGUUCCCAAGCUUUCGUUGACUGCAGCAACCUAGAGUCUCAAAAAUUGUGUUAUAGCAUCCCUAGGUCAAAUUUCCCCAUAUACCAUUUAUAUGCCCAUCAUACCUCCUUACAUGCCCCUUAUAAUACCUGUAAGACACCCCAGUAUGCUUUCAGACCUUCCUAUAUGCAAUUAUCAGAUGCCCUGAGUUUAUGUGCACCUUAUAAUGCUCAUUAGACCAUCUCACAUGCCCUUAGACAUCCCUUCAUGCCAUUUAUAGCCACAUUAGACUUAUAAUUCUUACUGCAGCACCAGGUGAGUUUCUUGUAGGUUUUCUUUUUAAUUUAGACCCCUGCCAUCAAUAUAAGUGAUUACUGCAGCUGCACUGAGUAGCACAGCCUGUGUAAAUGGCCACUACAAAGAUGCUGGCACGAAUCGUCUAAUUUGGGGACCUGACCACUUACCUACGGCAUUUCUGUGAAUGUGCUACAGUGUCACAGGGUGCCACGGUACACAGUGAUGGGUUGGCUCCUUUUAUUUAUCUGCUUACGUCCAUACAUGCUUUUGUAUAAUGUAUAUGUUUUUAUUCAUAUAUUUCCAAUAUAAGACAAGCAUAUAGUAAACCAGCAGGAUGUAGUUGGCAUCCCAACAUUUAAAAUGCCGGCGGGCAGAAGACCGGCGACGGAAUCCUGACAGCCGUCAGAAUCGAGUCCCAAAGGGUUAGGCUGUGGAAGCUGGGUGGGAAGAGAGGGUUAGGCUGCGGGAAGGGAGCGUUAGGCCGCAGGAAGUGAGGUUACGGUUAAGCUGCAGGAAAGGAGGGUUAGGGUUGGGAGAGGCUUAGUGUACUUACCUUCAAGGGGUCGGGAUUCUAAGCGUCGGAAUGCUGCUAAUGGUCAUGUGACCGCGGCAUUCUAAACGCCGGUCUCCCAACCGAGACCAGUCUGUUUGCAUCGUGGCUUUCAAAACUAUGAAGUGUACUUUCUGACUCAAUGUUCCAAGUGAUGGUAUAGGCUGAAUAGUGAUUCUGCUCACAGAUUGUUGCCUUCUUCUGUAGCUGAUGCUCUGUAUUGCAGCAAAGGGGAGCCCUAUUACUUUGUUCACUGAGAGGGAUGGCAACAUGACCCAGAAAUCUCUUGACUUUCACAAAUUAUAUAUGUGUCCUCAUAACAUUGCUACUGCAGUCGCGCCAAACGGCCCCUCUCAACGCACCAGGUCUUGUGCUACUCCACUAGCUAUCUUUUUUGCCGAAAAUGCAAAGUGAUGCGACUAGGACACACCCGGUGACUGCUAAUUAAUGUGAUAUGUGACACAUGUGUAUCUGAGUGUGACUGAGCCUCUGAAUCUGCAUGUUAAGUGCUACAAUGCAGCUGCUGUGACUUUUUUCCAUGCCAAAUUCCGUUGUGCUUCAUGUACAGACUGUCACACACAGAUAUAUUCGUUGCAUAUCACAUUAAUAAGCACAGUUUCCUGGUUAGUCCUAGUCACACUGCGUGGCGACUGAAAUGCAUUUUCGGGAGGAAAAUGUCCAACACUAGCACAGCUCACUGGCACCAGGCAUCUGGAGCUGCGUAAGUUAUUGAGGCUAGAUGUAUAAGGUUACAUCUGUACAUUGUACGACGAUUACACUACAAAUUGCUGCCAUGUAAGGAAUCAUCACUGUUGCGCCAGUGUCCAGGAGAAGCCUUAUUUUCAAGCCUGUUUUGUCUUGUUGUUCCUGCUGAUCCAAAAUUAAAAAAGUUAUAGAGUUAAUGGUAUUUAACACAAUUUCUUUUUUUUCUUUUUUUUUUUAAAGAACCUAAAUGUACGAUUCACAAAGCUUAUCUGUUGUGCUUUAUGUUCUGUGUGAGAAGUUCUUUAUUGCUUAAUGUACUUUUUCUUUAAAUAAAUAACACAAUUGUUUGCA